AUGGGUGGCCAAGUAUUAGUACCCUUGUCGAUUUGUGUUAGUUUCUGGCUGAUCCUCCACCCCGGUUUGGCAUCCGGAGCUCUGAGUACAAACUACUAUGCCAAUGUGUGUCCUAAGGUGGAAUCUAUUGUGCGCGAAGUCGUCAAAACAAAAAUUAACCAAACCUUUGUUACCAUCCCUGCAACUCUUCGUCUCUUUUUCCAUGACUGCUUAGUCCAGGGUUGUGAUGCAUCAAUUAUGAUUCAAUCAAGAGAAGACAAUACAGCUGAGAAGGAUCACCCGGAUAAUCUGUCACUGGCUGGAGACGGAUAUGACACGGUGAUAAAAGCUAAAGCUGCAGUGGAUGAGGUUCCUGGUUGCAAAAACAAAGUUUCAUGCGCUGACAUUCUUGCCAUGGCUACUCGAGAUGUCAUUUCUCUGUCUGGUGGACCUUCAUACCGAGUGGAGUUGGGAAGAUUAGAUGGGCUGGUAUCCACUUCUUCAAGUGUGUAUGGGAAGAUCCCAAAGCCUACCUUCAAUUUGGAUCAGCUCACUUACUUUUUUUCUUCACUUGGCUUAAACCGAAUGGAUAUGAUUGCUCUAUCAGCUGCUCACACAGUGGGGUUUUCUCACUGUGACCAAUUUGCAAAUCGCAUAUACAAUUUCAGCCGUAACAGAAAGGUAGAUCCAGCGCUAAGCAGGAAGUACUCGGCUGAGUUACAAUCAAUGUGCCCUAUAGAUGUUGACCCAAGAAUAGCUGUUGAUAUGGAUCCAGUUUCCCCCAGAAAAUUUGACAACCAAUACUACAAGAAUCUUCAGGUGGGCAAGGGGCUCUUCAGCUCUGAUCAGGUUCUCUAUAAUGAUUAUAGAUCCAGGCCGUUCGUUAACAUCUGGGCUGGCAACUCCGCAGCUUUUGAGCGAGCCUUUAUUGUGGGCAUGACCAAACUGGGUCGGAUCCAAGUGAAGACCCGAGGAAGCAAAUCUGGUAAUAUUCGUCAAGAUUGUGCUGUAUUUAAUUCAUAGGAAGAAGAAAAUUCAUCAAAACAUUAUUGCAAACUAUGCUCAUUGGAUUUAACUUUACAAAAAUAAUAACAGAAUAAAUUGAGUCCAAAUUUUAG